AUGAGUCCACGCUUAGCCACACACGCACCGACGUCACACUUCGCCCAACGAGGACCGGGCACUUUGUUCUGUCACGCACACGCAUUGGGGACGCGCAGCAGCAGCAGUAGUGGAACAGCGGAGCGCUCUGUGUGGAGGUUCAGUCAGAUGCGCCUCUUGGGACAGACGCGCGCACAGGAGGAGGAGGAGGAGGAGGAGGAGGAGGAGGAGUUGGACAGAUGCGAUUCAUUCAUCAUUUAUCUCAUCGCUGCUGCCACAUUUCUCUCUCCCCGCUUCUCUCUAUAUUCCCCUCAGUGCCGUGGUCCCGUGGGUGCUCCCUUCUCUCCCGCACAUCAUCACGCACCCAAGCACCCCAAGCACCUAUACUGA